GAUACAGAUACGCGCUAUACGCUGCCUUGCUCGAAUAGCAAAGCGGGGUUUCCAAUACUGUGACUACGAAACGGGUAAAAAAAUCGAGAGAUGGAUAUGGGACGUGUUCAUUGGUGUCGUCGUAUCUCCGUGCGUGGCUAGUGAGGGCAUUCAUUUGACCAUAUAAAGACGAGAAGCGCAGUCGACUCGACUGAUUUCUUGUGGUAUGUUCAUUGUAUCUAUCCGGCUAACUUAGGUCAUUACCCCCGAGAUGGAUUCGUUGCUUUCUAUGCCACUUGAAGGCUUUAGCCUUUUCUCCCACGGGCAUGCUUUCCAAGCUGCCGCAUCCUCGGCGCUUGCGGGUGUCGUGUUUCACCUCACCCUCCCGCAGCUGACGGAUAUAGAAUUCUUCAUGUACAAACUCAUCGCAACUUUUACCCUUGCCCUCUUCGGACUUGGCACUGCUCUCUUUCUCAAUGGGUUUUCUCUCUUUGAUACGUUCACACGGGUGUCUAUCCUUACGCUUGGCUUCUAUGGAGGUCUCUUCACUAGCAUGGGCAUCUAUAGAGUGUUCUUCCAUCGGCUGAGGAACUUCCCCGGGCCAUUGGAUCUGAAGAUUUCUCGAUUCUUCUCUGCGCGCAGGGCGGCUACGAGUGUCCAGUACCACAAGGUGGUAGCCGAGAUGCAUGAAAAGUAUGGGGACUUCAUUCGCACAGGACCGCGAGAGAUUUGUAUCGUUCGAGGAUCGGCUCCUCAGCUCAUCUACGGCACCAAUUCGAAAUGUCUCAAAUCGACCUUCUACGGGCAAACAGAUUACGACUCUAAGAAGUGCCACAUCGUCGGCGCGACAGAUUUUGAUGACCACCGACGAAGGCGCAGAGCAUGGGAUAAGGGUGUCUCAUCUAAAGCACUGCAGAUGUAUGCGCCGCGGACCAAAGUUCUAGUUGACAAAUUCGUUUCCCAGAUAUCUCAGCAGACGGGACCUGUAGACGCCAGAGACUGGUCCAUGUACCUAGCCUUCGACAUCAUAGGCGAACUCGGAUUCGGAAAAAGCUUUGGGUGUGUCGAAACUGGACAAGACCAUCCCGCGAUCACGGCCAUCCAUGACCAUAUGGAAUUUUUAGGAGUUUUUGAACACGUCCCUUGGUUACUGAACAUGUUGAGUCGUCUACCCAGCACGGGCUUUGCCCCUUUUUAUCAAUACGUCUAUUCCCUAUUGCAAUUGACGCAUAAUGAUUAUACGCCCGAAAAAGCUCCCCAGACCAUCAUGUCCUGGCUCUACAAAGCUGUCAUUGAAAAGGAUAUCUCCGCUUCUCCUACGACGAAGUCGCUAGAGGAAGACUGUCGCGCCGUGAUAAUAGCAGGGAGCGACACGAACGGCAUCACAUUAGCGAAUACCCUAUUUUAUCUCAUCAAAAACCCUCAUGUUAUGAAGAAGCUACAAGCUAAAAUUGACGCCGCCAUCCCUACCCCUGAGGACUGGACGUACGAAAAGGUAAAAUCUAUCACAUACAUAAACAACAUCCUCGACGAAGUUCUGCGUCUCAAACCAGCUGUCCUGGUAGGCGGCUACCGAGUUACGCCACCGGAGGGUAUCUACGUAGACGAGCAAUACAUCCCUGGCAAAACUCACGUCUUCGUACCUACGCAGAGGAUCCAGACGGACCCGCGCUUCUGGACGCAAGCCGGAGAGUUCGUCCCGGAACGGUGGGGAGAACGGUACGAGGAGAUGGGGACUGCUGGAUCGCCGUAUAUGCCAUUCAGCUUAGGUCCUUACAUGUGCGCCGGGAAAAGCCUGGCCAUCAUGAACCUGAGCAUCGGGCUUUGCAGCAUAGCGCAAAACUUCGAUAUCGAGUUCGCGCCUGGUGAAACGGGUGAGAUUUUCGAUACCGAGGUUAAGGAUACCUUCACCACCGGAUUACCCCCUCUCAAACUCCUGUUCACGCCGCGCAAGAAGUGAAGAGAGGGGUUAUGGUCGUGACACAGAAGCUUAUGAUGGACCAUGGUUAUGAUCUUACUCAGCGCGUGACGCUUUACUCUCUCGCUUACUUGCUUUACUUAUGUGGAUGCAAUUGCGGAUCUGAGGUUGAGGGGAUGGCUGGAGACAUAGAAUGUUGUCAUGCGACGUCUAAGUACCUACUUAAUUUAUUACUUAUAUUCAUUGUGAACGCCGGUGUCAAGAGUUGCGUACGUCAGCCAGGUGGCUUACCCAGUGUAUGGCCGUGGUUAGAUACUGUAUUAAGCCCAAGCCCUGCAGCAAAGAGUUCCAAGGUUAGGUGUAACCUACCACUAUAUCUUAGUGGAUAAGCGCUAUAGGCUAGGGACUCUAGCCACUAACGAAAGAAGGCAUAGGGUGCGAAUGCAUUUCAGCUUACACCCGUGGCCGCUGUUCAGUGUUGGCCCCGACUUUCUCACCCCCGAAUUGCUUCUUCUAUGCCCGCCAUACGAAGUAAGCUGCACAAGUAGGUAUGGUCCGUAUCACAUUUAUAUCAAUAGAU